AAACCUCGCAAAGAAGAAAUAACAGUUGACAAACCUCUCAAAGAAGAAAUAAAAGUCAAGAGACCUCCCAAAGAGGAAAUGGUUGAGAAAUCUCCUAAAGAACGAAUGAAGGUUGAGAAACCUCCCAAAGAAGAAAUAAAACUCGAGAAGCCUCCAAAAGAACAAACAAAGGUAAAGAAGCCUCUCAAAGAGAAAAUACAGGUCAAGAAGGCUCCCAAAGAAGAAAUAAAGGUGGAGAAGCCUCCAAAAGAAGAAAUAAAGGCCAAGAAACCUCCCAAAGCGAAAAUACAGGUCAAGAAGCAUCCCAAAGAAGAAAUGUCAGUUGAGAAACCUCUCAAAGAACAAAUAAAAGUCAAGAGACCUCCCAAAGAGGAAAUGGUUGAGAAACCUCCCAAAGAAGGAAUAAAGGUUGAGAAGCCUCCAGAAGAAGAAUUAAAGUCUAAGACACCUCUCAAAGAAAAAGUAAAGAUCAAGAAGCCACCCAAAGAUGAAAUGAAGGUUGAAAAACUUUCUGGAGACAAAAUAAUGGUCGAGAAGCCUCCAAAAGAAGAAAAAAAGGUGAAGAAGCCUCCCAAAGAGAAAAUACAGGUAAAGAAGGCUCCCAAAGAACAAAUAAAUGUUGAGAAGGCUUCCAAAGAAGAAAUAAAGGCCAAGAGACCUCCCACAGAGGAAAUGAAGGUUGAAAAACUUCCUGAAGACGAAAUAAUGGUCGAGAAGCCUCCAAAAGAAGAAUUAAAGGCUAAGACACCUCUCAAAGAAAAAGUAAAGAUCAAGAAGCCACCCAAAGAUGAAAUGAAGGUUGAAAAACUUUCUGGAGGUAAAAUAAUGGUGGAGAAGCCUCCAAAAGAAGAAAUAAAGGUUGAAAAACUUACUGAAGACGAAAUAAUGGUCGAGAAGCCUCCAAAAGGAGAAAUAAAGGUGAAGAAGCCUCCCAAAGAGAAAAUACAGGUAAAGAAGGCUCCCAAAGAAGAAAUAAAUGUUGAGAAGGCUUCCAAAGAAGAAAUAAAGGCCAAGAGACCUCCCACAGAGGAAAUGAAGGUUGAAAAACUUCCUGAAGACGAAAUAAUAGUCGAGAAGCCUCCAAAAGAAGAAAUAAAGGUGAAGAACGCCUCCCAAAGAGAAUAUACAAGUCAAGAAGGCCCUCAAAGAAGAACUAAAGGUUGAAAAGCCUCACAAAGAAGAAAUAAAGGCAGAGAAGCCUCCCAAAGAAGAAACAAAGGU